GCAGCCUGCUUCCGAGUGUGUCUCACAAGGCCUGUCUCCGUCACCGUAGUUUUCCGUUCCACCAGUCCGCGGCCUCUUCUCGGACCUCCACCCCCUCCUUUUGUGUGUCUCCUUCUUUCUCCUUUCCCACUUCUUUCUUCUCGAACCUCGUUACAUCUCGGAACAAGAAGGAUUGGCGCUCUCCACUGACCCCCCGGCAGAGCAAGCAAACCUCAGGGGCUGGCACCGCGGCUCUAUUGCCCCGGGUGGACCUGGGACCCCGCCCGCCGCCUCGUCCUCCGCCGCAACAGUCACCUAAGUCUCAUCUUAUUCCACCUCCGCUGCCGCCUCCCCUGCCGCCGUCGUCUCGGCCUCGGCCUUCGAGGGUCCCGGGGCCAUUGGUGACGGUGACAGUUCACUUCCCUGAGGACUACUGUGAGUGUCCGGGAAGGGCGGGCCCGGGCCCGGCCGCGCUGUAUCCCGGGCCGGUCUCGUGGGAUCCUACGGCUUCAGGGACUUUCCGUCCUCCUGUCUGGCUUGUCGGGCACCGUUGGCCAGAGCUUCUUCGCCAUCUCUUUCUCCUCCUUCUCCUUCUGUGGGGUUAGAAAGCAAGUGCGAGCGUAGAGACAUUGAAGAUUGAGGCAAUCAAUGCUCGGUGUGGAGAGUUGCACAUUAAAAUUGAGGGAAAGGUGGAGGGCUAGCUUGCACUUUUUAUUUUGUGUUUCUGUGCAAGAUUUAGCCCAACUGUUAUUAUCUCUCGCGCUAGGCUGACGCCUGGUAACUAAUUAAGGAUGCGGCCCUCCCACUUAUCUAACUAAGCUAGAGAAAUGGGAUUCUUGUCCUAGCCCUGUUGGUCAGCUCUUCUCUUUUGGUCCCUUUACUAGAAGGCUGGAGCUUGUGUUUAAUUGUUUUACUCCCUUAAUUUACUCUCCCUCCCACCCAACCCCAUUCGCUUCCAUCCCUUUCUUUGUUUUUGAGUGUUAUGGGUUAGAGUAUUGAGUAUAAAAUGACUCAGUACUUUUGAGGCAUAUUGAGUAUGAAGUGUGACUAAAGGGUUCUUUUACUCAGCAGAAUGAAGGAAAUCGAAACUUUAAAAUCCCAGUGUAAUACCCUUGCUCUUAAUAUUGUGAAACCACAUUUUCCAAGUAUUAGACUUAAAACAGGAAAACAAAUUCUUGUUAUGGAUUUAGUUAAAAAAUUUCAUCUGUCAUUUUGCUUUCCCCUCAACGCGCUUUUCCUAAAUACUCUAAAAGAAAAAAUGGAGUUGGAAUUUGUGGAUUGUUUUUAAGUUCUUUUGUUAUUAUUAGCUAGAGAUGCUUUUUCUGAAGUUACUUACUAGUGGAGUUAGUGGAUAUUAUUGCCCUAUUGUCCUGGACAUGAUGCUUCAUUUGUUUCCCAAAGCUUGUCUGGAGGAUCAGAGAGCUUCUCUCUGGUUUGGAAAAACUGAUGAUACCUUAGGGGUUUUUCCAAAGUUUUCCAGUGUUUUCUGAUGGGCUGCACUAAUGAUAAUGCCUUUGGCAAAAUGCAACUGUGGCAAUGGAAUUAACCAACUUUCUUGUACUUGGGAUUGUCUGUAACUGGGCAAUUAAUUCUUUUAGUAUAACUUCAGUAACAUAAUAUCUCUUGAACCCUGUUCAGGUUUGAACUCCUGGACUGGUUUGAGGAGAGGUAAGAUGAAGUUUGGGUCAGGUGGUAUGGUACAGAAGAAAGACUUUGGAGUCAGAGGGCCUGGAUUCCACUUUUCUGGCCUAUCUUUCAAAUGAGGAAAUUAUAUUACAUUUAUUUAAAUUUACUAUGCCAGGUACUGUGCCAAGUUCUUUUACCUCAGGAAACAAGAGGGGAGAAUAACAUAUAAACAUGUAAAUAAAAUCUAGAAAGUAAUUUCUUUGGAGAAGAGAGGGUGCAGGUCUAAUGAGAAAGGCACUGUGUUAAACAAUAAAAGGAAUUUCAGAGUGUAUGGAAGGAUAGAGAAGAAUGGGAUGGGGUUGAGAAUGGACAGGGACAAGGGAGUGGUGAUUAAGGAAGGAAGCUUGUGCCUAGGAAUCUUACAUUCAAUCUAUUUUAAGUAGAGCCAUUGAAUAGAUUAUAGUCAUUAACUUCAUGGGAAAAAUGCUGAAGAUGAUUUGUUUAUAUCAAUUGCCGAGAAAGAACUGGAGGAUGAGAGAAUGGGAUAGGAUUUGGGGAUAGAGCUCAAUUCCUGAUGCUGCCUAGCUAGUCAGGACAAGACUUGGGGGCGGGGAGCUGUGUAUUGGAACCAGGAUUGUUACAGAGGGAUGAGGCAUGUUUGAACUUGGUAGUUAGGUCAGCUCAGCUCCAACACUGACUAAUGUUGAGGCUCUUCUAGCUGUAAAUCUGAUGAUGUAAGACUUUGCUGUAGGUUUAUAUGGGACUUUAGAGUAUUUUGUGAUUGCUGACAUGGGUUCAGAAGAAAAAACAAAGCAUAUCAUAUAUAGUUAUAUCUAAGAUAUGUGUAUAAAUUUAGUGGAGAGAAAUUAAAAGGCUUUCUGAAUUCAAAUCUGAUAGCAUUUCUAGAUAGAUGGAGUGCAUUUGUGGCAACAGAAUUGGCUGUGAUGCGUCUUUCACUAUCCGGAAUCUUUUCUGAUUGUUUACCAUCAACCAGAAGUAUUUUAUGGGACAUAUGUAAGCUCAGUACUGAUAAUGGAUAACAGUGACUUGCAAGGAAGUUGUAAGGGUGUACCUGUAGCCAGAAUCUCUUGGAAUUUCAUCUAGUUUGCACCACCUAUCCAUUCUUUGCUGAUGCAGCAGGGCACACAAAUUCUAGGGCUCAAGAGUCAGCAGAGGUAACAAAAUACAUGUUCACGUAAAGUGAACAAGAGCAUGUUCCCAAAUUCCUCAAACUUGGGUCGUCCACCCUUCCAUCCAAAGUUUCAACAGCCCAGUAACUUCUUCAAACUUCCCCUCAACCUAUCCCCAACUCUUUCUCACCAGCAGAUUGUUGAUGCCCAGUUCAACUGUCAAAAUGUAGAUCUACCAAGAACUCUCUUAAGUGGGAACCUUUCACCUAUCCCAACACAGUCAUUAUCUUAUGGAAAUGGAAGUCCAAUACGAACAUCAACAUCAACUUCUCCAGUAUUCCGAGGAAGGAAGAGAUUAAGCAAUGAACAAAAUGUUCCCCUUGACGUUAAAAGGCAGCGGUUUCAUUCACCUUAUCACGAAUCAACAGUAGCUAACCAAACAGUGCCUUUACCAGAUGAAAGAAGAUACUCAGCACCAGGAUCAGUUACUCCACCAUUGUUGCAUGUGAAUUAUGCACCAGAUUUAGUCAGAUCUGUUCCACCCUUUCGAGAGGCACCAUUUUUGGAACCUAGAGAAAUUACACUUCCAGUGGCCAAAGAUAAGUUGAGUCAGCAGGUAUUGGACUUAUUUCAAGUGUGUCAGCAGCAAUCCUGUGAUUUGAAGAAGAAAGAACUCUGUCGAACACAAUUGCAGAGAGAAAUCCAACUGAUAUUUCCACAUAGCAGACUCUUCUUGGUUGGAUCCUCAUUAAAUGGAUUUGGUACAAGGAGUAGUGAUGGUGAUUUGUGCCUGGUUGUUAAGGAGGAGCCAGUAAAUCAGAAGACUGAAGCAAGGCAUAUACUCAGCUUAGUCCAAAAACAUUUCUGUACUAGACUUUCAGGCUACAUUGAGAGACCUCAGCUGAUUCGAGCAAAAGUGCCAAUUGUGAAAUUCAGGGAUAAAGUCAGUUGUGUGGAGUUUGACUUGAAUGUAAACAAUAUUGUAGGAAUAAGAAACACAUUCCUCCUCAGAACCUAUGCAUAUCUUGAGAGUCGAGUUCGUCCCUUAGUACUGGUGGUUAAGAAGUGGGCAAGUCAUCAUGAGAUAAAUGAUGCCAGUCGUGGCACGUUAAACAGCUAUAGCCUUGUACUGAUGGUUUUGCACUAUUUACAAACCCUACCUGAACCCAUCCUUCCAUCCCUCCAAAAAAAUUACCCAGACUCCUUUAGUCCUUCUAUGCAGCUGCACCUUGUACAUCAAGCUCCAUGUUCCAUUCCUCCCUACCUCUCAAAGAAUGGUUCAGCUCUUGGGGACCUGUUACUAGGCUUCCUCAAAUAUUAUGCCACAGAAUUUGACUGGAACAGCCAAAUGAUUUCAGUUCGUGAAGCCAAAGCCAUUCCAAGACCUGAUGGUAUUGAGUGGAGAAAUAAAUUCAUCUGUGUAGAAGAACCAUUUGAUGGAACAAAUACAGCCAGAGCUGUGCAUGAAAAGCAGAAAUUUGACAUGAUCAAAGAUGAAUUUCUAAAGUCAUGGCACAGAUUGAAAAGCAAGAGAGACUUAAACAGUAUACUACCUUUACGAGCUACUAUGCAGAAAAGAUAACUGGCUUCUAAUCAAUUCCUAAUCACUUCUGAGAAAUAAAGGACAUUAUUAACACCUCAAUGCAUUUUGUUCCCUCCAUCUUGGUUUCUUUUUAAUUAAAUAUUUUCUUUUUCAGAUUUUGUUAAAAUAUUUGUAUAAAGGAUUGCAUAUUUUAUUAUGGCAUUUGCUACUAUUACUAUACACCUAAGUUUAAAAAUGCAUUUCUAAAAAUAUAUACGUUAUUGACUUAUGGUAGAUGCUAUUUUGCCAUAAGUUUAAGGACACAAAAUUAACUAGAUUUGUGAAACUGGUUGGAGCAAUUAAAAGGACUUCAGAAGGAUUAAAAUACAAUUGUACCAAAUUAGCACAGAAGAGAUUUGUCAAAUUUGUGGGAAAGGUGUGAUCACUAUCAAAGUAUAACAACAUUCAGUUGCUAUUCCAUUGUCCAGAUCUACACUAGUAAAAUGAAAGUUGAAGCAAAAAAGUUACCAGAACUUUUUGUUUAACUUCCUAGGGUUGAUGAUGAGACCUUAGGAUGUGACCAUUUUAGCACAGGACAGGAGAGUACGUUUGGGUUACUAUUGGAAUUAAUUUUUCUUGUUGAAACAAUAAUACAUUUUGCACUGUAUUGCACCAUAGUCCUGUGAACAUUAAUUCUGGGUUGUUCCCAGAUUGGUGUAGUCAAAUAUCGACAUACUGGAAUAUCUCCCAGUGUUUCUAAUAGCUCAAUAUAGUGAGCUCUUAUCCUCAGCAUUUUUCAAUUUUUAUUUUCCCUGUGACAUGAAACAACAGAGAUAAUUAUCAAAGUUAAGAUUAUAUCCUACUUAUAGUAUCAGGAUUUUUCUGAAUACUAAAUCAUAGGAAUAAUAUAAUCUAAACUGAAAUUUUUAGACAGCAAGCCUACUAUAAAAUAUUUUAAGUGAUCCAUCACAGAACGAAUAUAUGUAGAUGUUUAAAAUUUGUAAAGAGUAUAUCAAGGACCUUUUUUUUAAAGUAUUUCCUUUCCACAUGAAGAAAGUAGUGGUGACUGCUAAAAUAGCUGCUAAAAUAAACCAAGGUUUUUUGUUUUAAUUUUGUGUAAAUAUUUGUAAAUUGGUCAGCUAUUGUAAAUUGAAAUAAAGUAAUUAAAAUUUUUAACUUUUUAAAAA